AUGGCAAUCUCUGCUGAGAAGGUUCCUCCGUCGCCAAGAGAACCCCUCGCACCAUCAGUUUCCUCAGAGCCACCAUUGCCGAGUCGAGUUUCGCUCCGGUCUAAUCUUCAUGACUUCGAUUCCCCGUUUCUCACAACCUGGGGAAAGAAGCGGGUCCUCCGCUGCCUGAACGUUAAUCGCAAGGGUGAGAUUAUCGCCGGCCACCGCCGAUCGGACCUAAUUGGGCGGUCUGCUAACUUACGACAGGAUGGCAAUCACGUUACCAUUAGAAAUGAAGCCGGUUCCGAGGGAGGCAAGGCUAAACUCCUUCCCCGAUUCCGCGAGGCCGCCGCUCCUAAUUGCAUGAUACACGAGCCCGAACCUGAUAACCAACCAGAAGUCCUACGAGCACCUUUUCCCUGCGCUCCUGCGGCUCCAAUACCGAUCCCGAUACCUUCUUCAAAUUCGCCUUCCGAUGUGGGCCGGACGUGUAAUAGGAGAAGCAUGAGGGUGGCGAUCCGCAAAAAGGUUUACUCCAGUCCUCCACCGCCACCUGCAUUAGAGAAGAGCGUGCAAAGAAGGAGCGUCCGACUCCGAUCUGAAAAUCCGGAGAAGCGUGAUUAUUUGCCAAAGUUCUCAAUUUCCCUCUCACGUAAAGAGAUCGAAGAGGACUUCAUCGCAAUUACUGGAUCCCGCCCUAGCCGACGGCCUACUAAGCGGCCCAAACACAUACAGCAACAGCUCGAUGUAAGUUCGUAG